AUGCCGCGUCAUGCCAAAGCGGGAAAGAACGUCGGCACCGGAGGCGGAGGCGGAAGGCCCAAGGCCCAAAAGCUGGAGAAGGCCGUGCUCCUCGCUCAGCUGGAGCUCGCAAGAGCCGAACGCGCUCAAGCUGAUGAAAAGAUCCGGCGUUUGGAGAAGCAGCUCUUCGGGACAGAGCAUUCCUCGGAGUCGGAGAAGUCCGCUUCGGAGUCUGAUUCCGAGGAUGUGGGAGAGAUGCUCUUCGACAAGUUGCUGGAGGGCUUGGGCGACGGCUUCCCUGCAUCCAUUCGUAAGUCAGCACAGGAAGCCGCACGGGAUGGGCCGGAAGCGGAUGAGCAAUGCCGUAAAGGCAGCAACUGGAUUGGUGGAAUUCAGCUGGCCUGGACCUCGCCGCCAACGGUGCGGAAGGUGGAAUCACACGUUCAGGAGCACUUCCCAAGGCCCAUCAAGCCCGGCCACACCCUCAGCGAGAUCGAUGGCUCUCCGGUGGAUGGCCGUAGCCGGCGAGAGAUUCUGGGCUUCUUGCGGAAGUUCAAAGGGAGCCUUGGCUUCAAGGGCGGCUCAGGCUUGAGCCAGAAGAGUCACAAAGAAGCCAUCAGGGAGUCGGCCAAGGAGGCUUUGAGGAGUGGCCCCGAAGAGGAUUCUCAACACCCUGCCGAGGGGCAGAACUGGAUUUGGGGCUUCCUCCUGGCAUGGACAUCUCCGCCAGUGGUUCGGGAUGUGAAGCCGGAGGUUCAGGAGCAUUUCCCAAGCCCCAUCAAUCCCGGGGACUUCUUGCAUCAGGUUGACGGCAAGCGCGUGGAGAACAUGAGUCGCACAGAAGUCUUAAAGCUCCUCCAGAAGUACAGUGGCAGGAUUGGCUUCAGAAGCGGCCAGGAUGACGAUUUCCGCAAGUCAGCACAGGAAGCUUUGCACAGUGGCCCGCAAGAAGAUGCAGAAUCCGGAAAGGGAUGUGACUGGAUCGGUGGCAUCUUGCUGGCGUGGACCUCUCCUCCCGUGGUUCGCGAUGUGAAGCCGGGAAUGCAAAGGCACUUUGAAAAGCCAAUUGCUGCUGGGGACAUCUUGCACGCGGUUGAUGGCACACGUGUACAGGGCUUGAGCCGCAGACAGAUCCUUCAGCUCCUCGAGCAGCACAAGGGAAGUCUUUGCUUCAAGAAUGGUGAUGACAUGGAUGACAUGAUUCGCACAUCCGCGCGGGAAGCCGCACGAAGUGGCCCACAAGAAGAUGCAGAAUCAGGAAAGGGAUGUGACUGGAUCGGUGGUAUCCUGCUUGCAUGGACGUCUCCUCCCGUGGUUCGGGAUGUGAAGCCCGAAGUGCAGAAACACUUCCCAAAGCCAAUCUCUGCCGGUGAUGUCUUGCGCCAGGUUGACGGCAAGCUUGUGGGCAACAUGACGCGUGCGGAGAUUCUGGGCUUGUUCCAGGACUUCCGAGGCAGCCUAGGCUUCAGAGGAGCUGAUAUGGACGAAGACGUGCGGGUGUCGGCACAGAAAGCUCUUGAACAUGGCCCCGAAGCGGAUGAGCAGUCCGGCAAGGGCCAAAAUUGGAUCGGCGGUAUCUUGCUCGCGUGGACUUCCCCUCCUGUGGUCCGGGACGUGAAGCCCGCAGUACAGAAGCACUUUCCGAGGCCAAUCACUCCAGGUGAUGUGCUGCGCAUGGUGGAUGGACAGCUUGUUCAGCACAUGUCCCGCAGAGAAAUCCUUCGUUCCCUCGUGCAGUUUGAGGGCGAGCUCGGCUUCCGCUCCAAGUCGCCCGCCGACAUCAGCCUUGCGGAUCUGCUUCGUCGCUUGGGGGAUCCGUGA